CGCGGCCGGGAAUGGCGGCGGUUUUGGAGCUGCUGCUGCAGGAGGAGGUGCCGGUCAGCGCCGUGGUGCGGUGGCUCCAGCACGGCCCCGGCCACCGCCCGGCUGAGGAAAACCACAUCCAUGACAAGCUGGUAUCUCUUAGUUUGCUUCAGAAAGAUUUCGUGCCUUUUCUGCUAAAUUUUUUAAGGGAGCAGACCAGCCAGAUUCUGACUAAUGGACCCUCUACUCCUGCUAAAACACCUAGUUCCAAGGCCCAUGGGAACCAAAGGACAGGAUCAGAAAGGAGAGCAGGCCAUGCAACCAGCAGCCGAGUGCAGCUCUUUUCCCAAAGGACUUCAGCGACUACCUGCACCACAGACACCAGCUUUUCUCCUGCUGCAGCAUCCAGCAGUUCCUCUUCCUUUUCUGGGUCAAACCUCUCUAGCCCUUGUGGUGAUUUCCCAAGCGUGGUGUCCAGUAGCAGCCCGAGCUUUGGGUACAGCCCUGUGCUUCACCAUGGGGAGAAGCGGUCAUCUCAGAAGGCCAGCUUGGGGAGCUUCCUUACAGCCACACCGGAAGCCCUGCCAGUGAGACGAGGCCGAAGGAAAGGAAACAGCUCAGUUGGUGCCUCUGGCCGGCAGGUAGCUCGGGAUCUGGGGCGUUCCCUUGCUGAAGAGGAAGAUGGAAAGAAUGACAGUGUAUUGUGGAGUGGAGGGAGAAGGAAGCGGAGUGAAGUGCCUCUUGAUUCUGCCAGAUCCCCACCCAGCCAGCUAAACCUAAACAACUUGGAGGAGUUCCCACCCAUGGGUGCUGCCUCUGGCUGGACAAACAAAAGCAAACCAUCGAGGAGAAUCAACCCAACUCCUGUAAGUGCUGAGCGCCCCCUCUCAAAACCAAAGACGUGCUUCACUUCUACUCCUGUUAGUCAGUCUCCAGCUGCUCGGUUGUCACCUGGGUCAAGCCUUGAGGCCUUUACCACUGUCCAGGAAGGACACCUUACAUCUGUGAUAAGCAACAGCCUUCAAGAGGAGAGGGAGAUGCUGAAGAAAGAACGAUGCAAAUUGCUGCACCAGGCGUCUUCUCCUGCAGGGAUGUCUUUUGAUCCUGGUACUCCGACUAAGCCUAGCUACACUCGCAGUGCUAGCCUGCCUGCUGAAAGCCAUCUGGUCACCUGUGCAAAUCCUACUAAGGUUUCCUGCAAGAAGCAGCUGGAGUGUCUGGCGCAGCUGUAUUCAUCGUGUAUAGCAGAAAACCUGGUACCAAAUAUUUUUCUGGAGCUGUUCUUUGUUCUGCAACUAUUGACGUCUAAAGGCACUUCUACUGCAGAAGAUGGGGACAGUGACCUUGAAAUCAAUGAAAGUAGCAGAGAAGUAUCAGGGGGACAGCAUUUCCAAAGUGUGCACAACUGUGUUUAUUUUGCUGUUCGAGUCUUGGACUAUCAAUAUGAAAUUAUUUCCCAUUUAGAAAAGGGGAUUCUGAAGCUUUUGGCCGAAAAUGAACGGAUUGCAUCUUUUUCUCCCACCUUGCACAAGAGGCUCAGGCAGGCUUAUGAAAGCAGCGCAGCCAAGGUGUCUCUCCUGUUGCCAUGCUCUGUACAGUCUGUUUCUUUCCAGCCAGAAACUGAUAAUCGCUCUAACUUUCCCAGCGACAGAGCAUUUCACAUAUUUAAGAAACAAAGGGACAUAUUUUAUGAACUUCUGCGUGAAUGGGAGGAUAACCACGAGAAAAGUGGCUGGGACUUUGAAAGAGUUCUGGGCAACAAGAUCAGGGCCAUGAUGGCUCACCUGUCUGCAACCUGCAACCACAGCCAUUUUGCCCGGCUCUUUCAGAAACAGCUUAUCCAGGUAAAUGACUUGGAAAGUGAACGAUUUGGGAAUUUUUUCCUUAAUGAAAAUGGAGGUGCUGAAAACUCACACUUUCUCUUGCUGAUUCUGCUGCAUGGCAGGUUAAUGGUCCUUUCUGAAGAUAAGAAGAUGAGUUUCCUGAACAAGCUGCUGAUCCUUGCAGUUCUGGGUUGGCUCUUUCAGGUUCCAUCAGUCCCUGAAGAGUUGUUUUUUACCACUGACGACAGGCAGGAGAGAUUUAUGAUGGAUACUGUGACAUCUGCUCAGGCUUUGGACUCUGUACCCUUGGUGGAUCAGCAGUUACUUUAUACCUGCUGUCCCUAUCUUGGUGAGCUGCGUAAACUACUUGCCUCUUUUGUGGCUGGUAGUGGAGCAAAAAAUGGUGGCUUUAUAAGAAAAAUCACUCCCACAGCUGCAGAGUCUUUAGCACCCAAGGCUUCUGUCACGCAGCAGAAACUGCAGGUGGAGUUGGAACAGGCCUUCUUCCACAACCAGCCUUCUUCCCUACGGAGAACAGUUGAAUUUGUGGCAGAGAGGGUGGGAUCCAACUGUGUUAAGCACAUUAAGGCAACACUGGUAGCAGAGUUGGUUCAAAGGGCUGAAGCCAUGUUGCAAGAUAAAGUGAAGGAGGAUGCUGCUAGUCAUGACAAACUUCUUGAAGAGGUGUGCACUCAUCUUUGUGAGGAAGGGGCCGAGGCACUCAUCAAAGGCAGAGAAUUUUGCAAAAAGAAAGGUCCUGAGGCAGUAAGGGUGUUGUUGCCAGAAGAGACAUCUGCAGCAGUUUUAAGUAGUGCAGAAAACAUUGCGGUGGAACUGGCUACUGAAAAAGCCUGUGGCUGGCUCUCUGCCAACAUUGCAGCACUCAUCAAAAGAGAAGUGAAGGCAACCUUCAACAGAAUGCUUAAAGUCCCAGGAUUUCCCUUGCCCAGUGAUGAUACUCUGGAGUUGAGAAGGGACUGCCCUUCAGGCUGUCAGCACUGUGCUCCAUUUCCCUCUCAAGUCAUCAAUGAGAUUAAGGAUGUGCUCUGUGUUGCUGUGGGCCCACGGGAUGAGGGUGAAGUGAUUGACUAUGUCUGGUUGGAGUGCUUGCUAGGAAGAUUGAGUCAGACACUUCAAUGCAGAAAGUUCAUGUGUCCCACAUCAGAACAGCAGCUGGCAAAGUGCUCUGUUGAGUUGGCUUCUUUGCUGGUUUCAGAUCGUGUUCCUCUGAGUCUUGAAGUCAAAUCCCCAAAGAAGAGCCCCGAGAGACUGCGUGUAAAGAAUGAUCCCACCUAUGGCCUUCUAAAACUGCUGCUCUCUGUCUGGAAGGAGGACUUUGGGACACCUGUUCCUGUGCAGCUGAUCUUCAGCAAGAAGAACGUUAGUUACCUUGCAGAAGUUAAGCUGCGAGAGUGGGAUUUGUUCCUUUUCUUGCUUCAUGGUCUUGUAGAACAUGAACUAAUGAGAACUAGUGAAAUAGAGAGUUGCCUGCAUAGCCUUGAAGAGCUCCCUUGGCCCUCAGAUUUCUUAAAAGACCUGAAAAUGCUGUCCAGAGUGUUUGUAUCAGAACAUCAUACAAAGGAGCUCAGGACUAACCCUUGUGAGCUGACCAGACGAUCUCUAGGUACUGUGACCGCACAAAGUUAGCAGAGGUGGACUGUAAUUACUAAUGAAGACGCAAAUGGGAUUUUUAGCAUUUCUGAAUGGAUUUGGAGCUCUUUGUUGGGAGCAUACUGCAGAUAAGGGGUCACUUUGUGCAAAACCUGCACUGUUCGUGGACAUUUGCUGUGGUGACUAUGCUGAAGGAUUUAUAUCAGCAAAUGGAUCUCCAAGUCAAAAGUCCUUUAAGCACCUUGAUUAUGGCUCAGAGCAGCUGUUCUUUAGACUUACAGGCACUUUUUUUUAUUUGUGCAGCAACAGGCUGUGACCAAACCCAGGAAUCAAUUCAAGUGGACAAGUGUCUUUGUGAUCAGAGAGACGGUUCCUUGGUGUCUGUCUCUUCUCUUAACUCAAUGUGAUUUCUCAUGCUGUCUUGUAAGAAAGCCUCUACUGUCAGGGGAAGGACAACGUGAACCUAUAUGAUACAGAGAUGUGCCUAUAUUUAUUUUUCAUUGUAAACUCAGUGUUGAAGGUUUGAUUUUAAUUUUUUAAGACUCAUUUUAAAAGUUAAAUCAUAUUAAAUACACCAGAUCAUCAAUGGCAUUAUUCUUAAAGGAUGUAGAUGCUAAAGUGGUUUUCCAUCUCUUGUUGGAAACAGAACUUGUAAUUUCCCAGGGGUUUUAAUAGAAAUAAGGGAGAAAAUAUCUGUUUAUAUUUUUUACUGAAGACAGUAUUUUUAAGACACUUUUAUAGUAUGUGAACAUAAAUGGCAUCUGGCUGCUAUCCACUGGUUUUUGUAAUUCUUCUUGCCUUGAUUUUGGGUUUUUUCGGUCAGGAGGUGCUGCAGCAAGAAAACUACAGCCUGGAAGAGCAGACAAAGUAGUGAAAAAGCACUGUGAUGCUCGCUGGAGAGCAGAUUUUGAAAGGAGUCCUUUUCUUGGAGGACAAUGGUAUUUUUCUGCCCUUACAGGCAGAUUGUCACCAAGGAUAUGAUCUCCCCAAGUAUUUCCUUAAACUGGGGUUUGUGGCAGGGACUGCUGCUGACUAGCUCAUUAGCUGUCUCAUGGGAUCUCCUGCCCGCUGCCUGGUAGCAGUGAGGACAUUACUUCCUUUUGUCUAGGAGUGCCCUAUUAGUGUAGGUUUUUUCAGAAAGCAAGUUCUGUGUUAAAGAACAACAUCCAGACAAAGUAAAGACCAGGAUUUUUUAGCUUGCUAUUUAACUAACCUCUUCCUUGUAUAAGGUGAGAAAAGGGAACAUCUUGGAGUCCGUGAUUUAAGAAAAACCACAGACAGGAUUCAUUAGGCAGAAGUGUAGCUUCUGUUAAAAUAUAUCUUAUGCAGAGAGAGAAACCGUAGAGGCACAUCAAUGUCUGAACUGUACUGAGACUUGUCUUGUUUACUAAGCCCUGUGUUGAAAGAUUUGGCGUGUUCCAUCUGCAUUGCUCAUUUUAGGGGUUUUCUGAUGUGAAUGAAGGAGAGUCCCUAAAAGUAGGCCAUGCUGCAUAUACAGCAAGACAUGGGAAUACAAAUUGAAGCAGCAAGUACACCAUAUCAUGCCAUACCUGCAUCCUGAGGCUAUUAUGUUUUGUUUUGCUGCAGAUCUCAUUUGAAAUUGCUGUUUGUCAUAAUAAACAUUAUUAAAUGUCUUGUCUCAUGUUCAAGCUGCCAAUAUAUAACCUCUUCGUACUAGGGUGAAGAACAAAACAGGUACCUUGCCACAAAGAAUGGGGCAGAGAAAGUACAGUAACACCUGCUAUCCAGCCUGCUGCUGCUUUGCUUCUACGGAAAUAGAACUUUGUUAUAAAAGGGGGGGGAGGCGGGGCAGUGGGACAAAAAAAAAAGGAGCUCUUGGCUCUGGCAUGGAUUUUAUUUGGGUAUUGUAAAACUUUGUGUAGAUACCAUUGCUACAGCCAUUUUCAUGAACUCAACAUACCUACAUUAUCCUUCUCUAAUACAACGUUUGGAAGAUUUAUUUGAAAGGUGGCCAAGCCUCAGAAGCAGUUUACAACAUCCAAAGAACACAAUUGUGCCCUAUGGACCAGGAGACAGUCAGUUGUCCAGUGGGACCCAGGUAAGAAACACCUCUGUUUCUGCAUUCUUAUGACUUAAUGCAGUUACUGUAGUUCUUGGGAACCCCAUGGUACCCAGCCACGUUUGCUCUGUAAAUCCAGACACCUGACUUUGUAACCAAACCUUAGGAGCAACUGUAUAGCAUUUGAUUUUCUGCCUGUGGACACUCAGCAGUGGGACUGUGCUCAUGAGGAUGCACAACUCUGCAGUCCCACUGGGCUGGUGGACUCCUCUCAGUGCCAGUGCCUCAGGCAUUGCACCUCUUCCCUGUGCUCUGCUCUAACUGUAGUGCCAGUGGUGCUGCAAGCAGGAGAGCAGUAGGGAGAAGAGAGCUCACAGAAAGCUAGGUCUGAGUCUGUGGCCUUUCUUCUGCCAGUCUUCCCUACUGCAAACUCACAAUUCUCAAAAGAAAAUUAGGAAAAACUGUUAUAUUAACUUUCUUCUGAAUGUGCAGGUCAGGGGAGUUGUGUAACAGGACUCAGGAAGAAGCUCCAGCCAAUGUCAUUUUUUUAAAUACAAAAAUAAAACCAAACCAACCCUUUGCUGGGACAAGACAUAUGUCACAGAACCCAAAUUUAAGCAGUGACUGGCUUAUUA